AUGGUUGAUCCUGACAGAAUUCAGCAACCAAUGAUCAUGCUAGAGCGCAAAAUCCUACAAAUGAAGGGCAUACCGGUCCACAUGACUUCCUCGGUCAAAUAUCUGAGUCCAUGCAGAGAAUUAAUGAAUAUCGUAUGGAAGAUAAAUUGUACUGUUUUAUUUCGGGAACCUGUCGACAUCAAUCGCUUUGAGGAUUCCCUUUUGACCGAAGUUCCUCAACUUGGGAAGACAGGCAACGAAAGUGUGUCCUUCGAGGUAUCCUUUACGUAUCAGUGUAAAAAUGAUGUAGGAAGUCUUAUUGUAAAUAGUGACUCAUCAAAACCAUGUACAUGGUAUAAUACAGGGAUGGUGACUAAAGAAAAUUUCAAAAAUGAAGAUUUAUCAGUAAUAAAUCGUGCGCAUUUAAUUUUAUACAGGAAGAUUUACACUUGCCCAAGAAUGAUAAUUCAUCACUCUGAAGUAACAAUAUCAGCCGAUAGAACAAGUUUGAUGAUACACGUGAACAACAAGACUCUCGGCAUAUUUGAAUUUGAUUUCGCGGAGGAAGGAGGUUAUUUUAUCUGUGUCGAGGAUUACGUUGGUGUUGAAACAUUUAGAGGUACGUCGAGUGAAUGUGGGGAAAUCAAAUUAGACAAAAGCCUUUCCAAACCAAAACCAAAGUAUUCACCUCUCGGUCUUUUGUCUGGUAUUUGUACAAGUUGUUCCUUGUUUUUUCUUUUCAUCACAUUUCUUGUGUUCUGUCUUCUGAAGAAACAUUGUACAUCGAUAGGACAAAGUAUCAUGGCACUGACUGUAACACUUCUCAUAGCCCAGACAUUGUUUGAAUUUGGAGCUGAACAAACCGAGAUAAAGUGGGUUUGUGAAACACUUGGAAUCCUCAUUCAUCAUUUUUGGUUGUCAGCUACUUUCUGGAUGAAUGUAUGUACAAUUAUCCUUUUCUACAAUUUGUCGUACCCGAUUGAGUCACGAAUUAUAUCCAAACGUAAAUUUGUGCUAUCCUCAAUUCUCUAUACAUGGGGAUGUCCUAUGAUGAUAGUUAUGGUAGUUAUUCUAACUUCUCAGCUACAGUUUGGUAACCUGGGGUAUGGAGGAUCAUCCUGCUAUAUCACCACGCCUACUUCCAGGAGAUUCGCCUUUGCUCUACCCGUGGGAGUACUGGUGUUACUGAACGUUAUUUUAUUCUGUUACACGUUCACCAACCUGCGACGAGACAAAAAACUUCAGUCCAACCAAGAAAAUCAAAUCAGUAUGUUCGCUUGUCUGAAACUAUCUGUUAUCACUGGACUCACUUGGAUUUUUUCAUUCAUAUACGAGGCUACGGGAUACGAGACCUUCCAUUAUUUAUUCACUGUAUUGUUUGGCGCCCAGGGUGUUAUACUCUUUUUGGCCUUUGUCUGCAACAGAAGAGUUUAUGGCGAGCUGAAAGGGAAGAUCUAUGACAAAUGUGAAAAUAGGGUUUAUGAAGGAAAAGGUCAUUCUACAAUCGGACACGCAAUGACUGAUGAAGGAAUCGGACCUCCACGUAUAAACACCAUCAGUAAUCCAGAAAAUGAGCCCAUAGAAGAACAUAUUUAACCUUAAAGAGAAUUUAUAACUUUCCGCAAGAAUUAAAUAUAAUUAAUAUCACAUAAUGUCAUAUUAACAAUAACCGAAAAUACAGGAUACGAAUCAUACAGAAUCUUUAAGGGGCGAUGUGCAUGCAGUUUAGUCUGUAUAAUUUUCUCUUUAGAUAUUUUAGAAUUAUUGUUCACGAUAUAUAAAAGUACUUAUAAAGCUACCGUAAUAUAUAGAGG